UAGGAAGUGAAUGCUUUCACCGAGGUGUUUACAAAACAAUCUAGCUUGGGUCGUUACUAGGAGGCUUUCAGUGGAUUUUAACCAAUAUUUGGGGGAGGCUAAUUUCUAGAAAAUGGCCAAACUACAGCUUUUGAAUGCUUACCUCACCGAGCGGUUAAUGGUGGCUGUAGAUGAGAUACUGGAGGUUGUUGGGGGGACAGUGUCAGAAUUCGAGGAGGAGACUGCCCGGACGAAGAGAGAGAAUGAACUCCUAAAACGAAGGCUACGAGAAGUUGGACUCGACACAGGAACGGAGUGUUCAGCAGUCUCGACCAGGCCUGUUUCUCUCUCUGUGUCUGGGCAGCACCAGUGGAGCGCCGACCAGGGUCCAGACCCUGAGUCUACACACACCCAGAACCACAUGGUAAUGAGCCAGGAUGAGAUGCCUGCCACACAUAGCCAGCUACCCACAGAGUGCACCGAGUGGAAGAGUCUGUGUAACUCUCCAUGUACCCUGUCCUCACAACAGACCGAUACAUCGGCUACCACCCCAGUAGUAGCUCCAUUGACUUCAGCGUCCGUGAAAAGGGACUUGGACGAAGAAGACGACCAGCAUCUCCUUCCCUCUGCAAAUUCCUUCAGCAGCACAUCAUGCCCCGUGGACAGAGUGGUUUUACACUAUAACUCUGAGGGCAUCAAAACAGAGCCUAGUGAUACUAGCCCUACUGACUUGGGGUCAGUAUCUGCUCAGAUGGGGUAUGGUGAACUAAACCCCAGUUCGGACCCUGGACCAGCCACUGUUGAAACCAGGUACACUGUCUCAGACCUGAGCGCUGACCUGGAGUCAGUGGUUGCAGAGAGCAGCAGGUAUGGUGCCUCCACUGCCUCGGGCGUCCCCACUGACCUGGUAUCAGCUAGUGCUGCCAUGAUCCCAAACGGCUUUUUACGUCAGAUUGGCAGCGAUGGUUGUGUAACAACAGGGCCAGAACAAGACUUUGGGGACGCCACCACCACCAGUACCGUAGGUCCCUUGACCUCCCAGUUCUACCCGGGUCAAACCAGACGUCAACAACAAACAAAUAGAUCAACAAAUAGGUGUCAUCAACAAAUUAACAGGUCCACAAACAACAGGGGUCAACAACAAACUAACAACAGGGGGGAUCAGAGGUCCCACCCGUGCCCUCAGUGUGGUAAGAUAUUCAGUCACGGGUCACGCCUCAAGAUCCACCUCCGCAUUCACACAGGGGAGAAGCCGUACGUUUGUGCACUGUGUGGCAAGCGAUUCAACAACGAUGGCACACUGAGGAACCACCGGCGUGUUCACACAGAGCUGCGUCUGUACGGCUGCCCUGUCUGCGGCAUGAGCUUCAAGGACGCCUACACGUGUAGGAAGCACCAGCGUGUUCAUAAUGGAUUGCGGCCUGCCGGAGACUCGGCCCACACCUGCAGCUUGUGUGGCAAGGCUUUCAGUGAGGCGGCUAAGCUGACCAAACACAUCAGGACUCAUGCGUCAGUCAUUGGAUGAGGGCAGUACGACCUAUAAAGGCUUUUUUAUAGCAAUCAUAAAGGAUAUUUAAGCACUAUAUAAACGCUUCACAUAUAAUCUAUAAGCGUAUGUUAUACACUAUAAAUGGUGUAUGAAGGGUGACGUAACAAUUACCACUGAAGGGUUUAUUGUAAGUUAAUAGACCAUUUCUAGAUUAUGACUUACACUUAUGAUUUGUAAAGCCUUUAAGUAGUGCUAUAUAAAGCCUUUAUUGUACUUUGCAACGGAGCUCCCAGGUGGCGCGUCCUGCUCAGGCACUUCACCUGACGUGCAGAGGGGCGUCACUACAGCCUGACGUGACCGGGGAGCUCCAAGGGCGGUGCACAAUUGGCCUAGCACUGUCCGGGUUAGGGGAGGGUAGGGUUGGCAUGCAAUUCCUUGUCUUAACUUGCUCUAGCGUCGUCUUAUGGCGGACUGGGCACCUGCAUGCUGACUUGGCCCGGCUGACUUCCAGGUGUGUAUAAGAAGCAGCGUAUUUGUCCAAUCCUCAUUUCUCCCGAGCCCGUUGGGGAGUUGCCGCAAUGAAACACAAUUGGAUACCACAAAAAUGCUUUCAUUUCUAAACGGUAAACAGAUAUGUAUGAAAAUCUCAAAUCCAAAAUGCUGGAGUAUAGAGACACAUAAAAUGUUUUCUCUUCACUGUCCAAAUACACAUGGAGGAGAGUGUAUGACCAUGGCUGCACCAGCCUUUGUGUGCUCUUGUCUGUGGCAGAUAGUGAGCAUCCUGCAUCUGAUUAUACAGUCAUCAGCGAACCCACAAGCAGUAGUUGAAGUCAUCAUCAGAUGUGAUGGACUACCUUAAGCAAGCAGCAAGUGUGUGUGUAGAUUUUUUAUUUAUUUGUAUUGUGCGUGUGUUUUAUUUUACUGUAUGCGCGCAGUGCAUGUUUGUUUGUGCACCGGCCCGUCCAAAGGGCAGCGGGGCUCAGUCUGUUACGGGGAGGUUAUUGACUUUUGCUGUGUUGUAGUAUUGAUCCACUUCCUGCUUGUGACUCUGGGGGUGGAGCAUGCUGACCUUAGAGACUGCAGAGGAUGAACCAUGGGUUGAAGACGUUGGUGUCAAACACAAUUCCUGGAGAGCCGCAGUCGGGUCAUGUUCACUUGAAACUAUUUGAACUUGUCCAAUAAGAGUCACUGAUUCAUUAAGUAGAAGGGAGGAACCAAAACCCACAGACGCUGCAGAGCAGAAUCUAAAGGACUGGAGUUUUACUCAUGUGGUUUAGGAGUCCAAAAACACAUUCCUUACCCCAGGAUAUGUCAUAAGGUCACGCUAUAGGAACAUUUCAGGAAAAGGAGCACCCCGUGUCUGCAUUUCAUUUUGGAUAACAUAAACCAGCUUAGGAUGCCUCUAUUAGAGUCUCACCAUGUUCUCUGAUAGCAAGUGCUCAGACUUCAAGAUGUAUUGUGGCGCUGAUAGAGCCUAAUGUACAGUAAAUGGGAUUAUUUUUAAACGUGUGUUGUUGUAGUCAUGUUUCCAGUUGCCUUUAAUUUAAAAGUUUAUCAUGUAAAAAAA